UGCAACCUCUGCCUCUCAGGUUCAAGCAAUUCUCGUGCCUCAGCUUCCUGAGUAGCUGGGAUUAUAGGCACCCACCACCACACGAAGCUAUUUUUGUGUGUGGUUUGUUGUUGUUGUUGUUGUUGUUGUUGUUUCUUUUUGUGAGACAAAGUUUCGCUGUUGUUGCCCAGGCUGGAGUACAAUGGCACAACCUCAGCUCAGCACAACCUCCAUCUCCCAGGUUCAAGCGGUUCUCCUGCCUCAGCCUCCUGAGUGGCUGGGAUUACAGGCAUGCGCCACUACGCCAGGCUAAUCUUGUAUUUUUAGUAGAGAUGGGUUUCUCCAUGUUGGUCACGCUGGUCUCGACCUCCUGAACUCAGGUGAUCUGCCCGCCUCAGCCUCCCAAAGUGCUGGGAUUACAAGGGUGAGCCACAGCGCCUGGCCAUUUUCGUAUUUUUAGUAGAGAUGGAGUUUCACCAUGUUGGCCACGCUGGUCUCAAACUCCUGACCUCAAGUGAUCUGCCAGUCUCGGCCUCCCAAAGUGCUAGGAUUACAGGCGAGAGCCACCGCACCCGGCCUAGCCACCACGCCUGGCCCACUUAUUUCUAAAUAGACAAUACAUUUGUAUAUUUCAAAAUUCAGAAAGCACCAUCUCAACCCCGUCCCUAUUCCUGUAGCUUCUCAGAUGCAACCAAAUAGAUUCAGUUUCUUGGUAUCUUUCUAGAGGUAGUUUAUGAACAUAAGCAAAUAUCCAAAUAAACAAAUAUGUUCUUUUGCUUUUUUUAUACAAACGUUACUUUAUUGUACCUAUUGAUCUGUUCCUUUCUCUUUCUUUCUUUUUAUUAUUUUAUUUUAUUUUUUGAGAAUAAAAAGGUCUUGCUCUGUGGCCUAAGCUGGAGUAUAGUUGUGCAAUCUGGGCUCACUGCAGCCUUCACCUCCCAGGCUCAAGCGAUCCUCCCACCUCAGCCUCCCGAAUAGCUGGGACUACAGGGAUAUGCUACGAAGCCCGGCUAACUUUUUGUAUGUGUUGUAAAGGCAGAGUUUCACCGUGUUGCCCAGGCUGGUCUCAAACUCUUGGACUCCUGCGAUCUGCACAGCUCUUCCAGACCCAGUUGCAAAGAAGAGCUGCAUGCUCAACCUGCUGCUGUCCCUGCCAGAGGCCAACCUGCUCCCCUUCCUUUUCCUUCUGGACCACCUGAAAAGGGUGGCAGAGGAGGAGGCAGUCAAUAAGAUGUCCCUGCACAACCUCGCCACGGUCUUUGGCCCCACGCUGCUCCAGCCUUCCGAGAAGGAGAGCAAGCUCCCUGCCAAUCCAAGCCAGCCUAUCACCAUGACCGACAGCAGGUCCUUGGAGAUCAUGUCCCAGGUCGAGGUGCUGCUGUACUUCCUGUGGCUGGAGGCCAUCCCUGCCCUGGACAGCAAGAGACAGAGCAUCCUGUUCUCCACCGAUGUCUAAAGGUCCCAGUCCAUCUCCUGGAGGCUGACAGACAGCCUGGAAA